AUGUUCGUGCUGGUGGAGAUGGUGGACACGGUGCGGAUCUCUCCCUGGGACUUCCACAAACGGCUCAACGAUGCGAUCGCGCAGGAGCUGAACAAGAAACUAGCCAACAAGGUUGUCUACAACGUUGGCCUGUGUAUUUGCCUGUACGACGUCACUAAGUUGGAUGAUUCUUUUAUAUUUCCAGGAGAUGGAGCGUCACAUACUAAGGUUAAUUUUCGGUAUGUUGUCUUCCAUCCCUUCCUUGACGAGGUCCUUGUUGGCAAGAUAAAGUACUGUAGUCACGAAGGAGUUCAUGUAACCAUGGGCUUCUUUGAUGACAUCCUUAUUCCUCCUGAGUCUCUUCAGCAGCCUGCCAAAUUUGAUGAAGCAGAGCAGGUGUGGCUUUGGGAGUAUGAGACCGAUGAAGGGGCACAUGACCUCUACAUGGACCAGGGAGAAGAAAUCCGCUUCAGAGUGACGGAUGAGGUUUUUGUAGACACGUCUCCAACAGGACCAGCCACUGCUACUGAAGACACUGCUGCCCAACCCGGACAGUCCACCGCUCCACCACCAGAGGCCGCUGUGGAGAAGAAGGAAGCGCCAUAUACUCUUAUUGGGACCAUAUCUGAACCUGGCUUGGGCGACUUAAAAACAGGCUAUCGCAUUCACCGAUCGCCCCCUUCCUCCUGUCCCGGCCAAUGCGUUUCCAGGCCAUAUGACAACCCGCUGAUUGUCCUCCUUCCAUCCUCUGCCUGCGGCUCCUUCUUCCAAAGUGAGCUCUUGACGCCUCAAGGCAACAGCCCUGACCUGGUUUUUGGAGUCCUGCUCUGGGGCAGACAAAGCAGCAGGCUGCAGGCCAGGACCACACUUGACAUGGCAGGCUCCACUUCCCCUUCUGAGAGCCCCCUCCGCUCCCCCAGUGCCUCUCUGACUCUGUCCUUUCCCUUCUUGAGAGAGAGGAGCCGAGUGUGGAAGGACGGUACAGAGGAACCACUGCCCAGGAAUCUGCCAAGCCCACUGCCAACUAAGCGAACCCGCACAUACUCUGCGACGGUCCGCGCUCACUCAGGUGCCGUGUUCAAAGGGGUUUGUAAAAACUUCUCCAGAUGUCAGGGUCACGGCUUCAUCCAGCCCUCACACGGUGGAGAAGACAUCUUUGUUCACAUCUCUGACGUGGAGGGAGAGUAUGUCCCUGUGGAAGGAGAUGAGGUCACAUAUAAAGUGUGCCGAGUCCCACCCAAAAACCUGAAGGUGCAGGCGGUGGAGGUCAAAAUCACACAUCUGAACCCAGGAAGCAAACACGAGACCUGGUCCGGACAGAUCAUCACUUCAUAG